AGCGCAUUCACAUCAGGCAACAGUACCGGGGGCUAGAAAGCAAGCAGGUCCACUGAGGCCAGGCAGGAUGGGCAGUGACACUCAGAAGGUGGCCCCAGAAAAUCCCCACUGAAGGAAGGGCUGAACGAACCCGUUUUUUCUUACUCCGAAAGAAAAACAAUCAAAUCUCUUCUUUUUGGGGACAAAGAGAAGCUAUUGCCCUUUCCUGAGUGAGUUUGUCAGCAGACGUUGACCAGGUACAGAGGACAAAACAAUAUUUGGACUGGGUAUUUUUUUAUGCUGCGUAAAGCUUGGUCUUUUCUUUUGCCCCAGUUUGGUUUGAUUUUGCUGCUGAUCAUCGCCUGCACAGACGGGGCCAGUCAUCUGUCCCUCCAGCUUGCAGGGACCCUGCCCCCUUGUAGGGGGAGGGACUGGGUGUCUAGGAGUGCAGCAGACGAGUGGAGGGAUUUCAUUUUCGGUUUGAGGGAGUUUCUGGCAGCUGCUUCAUGUCCAUCUGCUAAUCACUCAUCAUCAAUCCUAAUCCAUUGGAGGGGAUAUCAUAAUUUUUUUUCCUGGCUUGAAGAACCUGGAGCAGGACUUAUUGAGCUGGAUGAGCAGAACCAGUCUUCCCCACAUUUUUGGAUAUCCUGUGCGAGGUACCAGGAUGUUACACUGCAAGGACUCCACCAAGAACUAGCACAAGGGGUUAAAGGCCGCUUGGAUUGGCACUGGUGACCUGUAGAUGGGGGAAGACUCCAUGGCUCUCAUUUCAGCUGUCUUUUCAGUCACUCAUAACCAGCACUUCUCCAUUCGGCGUUCCUGUUUUCUAUAAUCUAAGCACUCCUGGUUCCUGGUUUACUGUUUCCUGGGGUUUUACAGUUUUACUGGGAACACCGAGCUCUCGUGUCAGACACCAGGGCUCACCAGAGUGCUGAUACUGUUGGCCAGGUAGCUGCAAGUAACUGCGAGAGUGCACCUGGCCACUGGGGUGACUAUCGCCACUCCUGCAUCACUGCAAUGGGGGUGGGGACAUGCUGUCAGAGGUAGUGGGGACCCCCCCGUCCUCUCCCAUCAUGGAUGCUAUUACUGAAGGGACCAUUUUGCUUGGAAACUGGAACAUCUGAACAUCUGUUGAAAAGCACUUAGUUUGGACCUUUCUUGUUGUCCACCUCUAUUCCUGGUAUCGUGUUUCCUGGUCUCUCCCUCCCCAGCCAGGGUUUGGGGUUCAGGAUGAGCCGUUGCCAAUACUCCGUCCCCCUUCCUGAGCGGGACAGGAUGUAUCAGCACAAAGUGUCACUGGUGGUUCGCUACUUCAUGAUCCCCUGCAACAUCUGCCUGAUUCUGCUGGCAACUUCCACGCUCGGCUUUGCUGUGCUUCUCUUUCUGAACAACUACAAACCAGUUAACUUCCAAAAUCAAAUACUUGAUGGUUGCAGGGGGAUGCUCUGUGGCUUUGGUGCGGCGUGUGAACGUCUCCCCGCUGACCCCUCCAGAGCUCAGUGUGUAUGUAAGAAGAUGGCGUGCCCCCAAGUGGUAGCGCCUGUGUGCGGCUCAGACUCGUCCACGUACUCCAAUGAGUGUGAGCUGGAGAAGGCACAGUGCAGCAUGCAGAGACGCAUUAAGGUGGUGCGCAAGGGACCCUGUGCUGUGAGGGACCCCUGCAGUGACGUGACUUGCAGCUAUGGCAGCACCUGCGUCCAGUCAUCAGACGGUCAGUCGGCCAGGUGCAUGUGUCCUCUGAACUGCGAGGGCCAUCCCCGGCGGGUCGUGUGUGGCAGUGACGGCCAGGACUACCCCAGCGAGUGUGAGCUUCACAAACAGGCCUGUGACCUGCAGAGAAACAUCCGCAAGCAACAAGACGGCCACUGCGAUCCAUGCCGCAACAAAACAACAUGCUGGGUCGAGCUUGGAACUCGCCGGAUGGUCGUCCAGUCCUCCUCGCAGGCCUGCCCUGUGGGCGGGGAGCCAGUCUGUGCCAGUGAUGGGCAAACUUAUAACAACACCUGUCAGAUGAAACACGCCAGCAUUCAGCAGGGUGUGACCCUGACGGAGCUUCACCGCGGGCCGUGCAAGAAACAGGGCGAAUGCUCAGAGACGUGCCUGUUCAACAGCGUCUGCCUGGUGGAGCAGCGUGGCUCGCGCUGCUCCUGUGAGCCAAUCCUGUGUGACGCUGCCUAUCGGCCACUGUGUGGCCAGGACGGCAACACCUACGGCAACGACUGUGAGCGCCAGCGCGCCGAGUGUCUGGCCAGGGCCCAUAUUCCUGUCAAGCACCAAGGACCUUGUGAUCUGCACAUUCCCAGUCCAUGCCAGGGCUACCGCUGCGAGUGGGAGGCCAUGUGCGUGGUGAAGGAUGGGGGGCCUGUGUGCGAGUGCCCGGACAUGUGCCCGCCAUCACAGGACCCAGUGUGUGGCAGUGAUGGCCACACCUAUGGCAACCAGUGUCAGAUGAAAACCUUGUCCUGCACCCUGCAGAAGAAUAUCCACAUGAAACAUCGAGGACCAUGCAAAGAAUCCUGCGGCAACUGUUCAUUCGGGGCAAUCUGUGAUGGGCAGACGGGACAGUGUGUGUGUCCCACCGAGUGCAUUGACACUCACCAGCCUGUGUGUGGCACAGACGGCACCACCUACAGCAGUGAGUGCCAGCUCAAUGUGCAAGCUUGCACCGAGCAGAAGGAUCUGAAGGUGGCCGUCCAAGGAGAGUGCAAGACAUGUGGCGGUAGCAUGUGCACAUGGGGGGCACGCUGUGUGAGGAACAAGUGUGAGUGUCCAUCCUGUCGGGGAGAGCCCUUCUCCCCCGUGUGCGGCAGCAACGGAGUCACCUACGACAAUAACUGCGAGCUCCGUCUCGACUCCUGUGUCCACAAGAUCAAAAUUGAUGUCGUCAAGACGGGCAGAUGUGAUGAAGAAUGUGGAUCUGGUGACUCUGGCUCAGGGUCCGACAGUGGCUGUGAUCAAGAACGCUGCCGCAUGUUUGGGGGCUCAUGGGACGAAGACGCAGAGGACGACCGUUGUGUGUGCGACUUCACCUGCCACAGUGUCCCACGCAGUCCGGUGUGUGGCUCAGAUGGGCGCAACUACAGCAGUGAAUGUGAGUUCAAGAAGACCAAGUGCGAGAAGCAAAUGCACCUGCAGAUCCUCAACCAGGGGCCCUGUAUGGCACCUUUGAAUUCCCUACCAAGUCCUGAAACAAGCCAGAACUGCAGUCAGACUACCUAUGGAUGUUGCCUCGACAAAAGGACAGCAGCCCUUGGCGUGGCCUUGGCGGGGUGCCCAAGUACAUGCCAUUGCAAUCCAUACGGCUCCUAUGGCAGCACGUGUGACCCUGUCAGUGGCCAGUGCUCUUGCAAGCCUGGCGUCGGUGGCUUGAAGUGUGACCGCUGCAAGCCAGGCUUCUGGAACUUCCGCGGCAUCGCCACAGAGAAGAGCAGCGGCUGCACACCAUGUAACUGUGAUCCCAUGGGCUCAGUGCGGGAUGACUGUGAGCAAAUGUCCGGCCUGUGCUCCUGUAAGACUGGUGUGAAGGGACUCAAGUGUAACCUCUGUCCCAAUGGCACUCACAUGGGUGCCAAUGGCUGCGACAAAGGCCCUGAAGCCCCAGUUUCUUGUGCAAAGUUGACCUGCAAGUUUGGUGCUAUCUGUGUUGAGGAGAAGAGUCAGGUCCAUUGUGAAUGUCCCUCCCCAGAUUGUCUUGAGGGGAACCAGACUAAGGUAUGUGGUUCUGACGGGAUAACAUAUGCCGACCAGUGCCAGCUGAAGACUAUUGCAUGUCGCCAGAACAAACAUAUUACUGUGGUCCACCGGGGUCAGUGCCAAGAGGUCAGCAGGAUUACAAACUCUACAGGUGCAUCGACGAACAGCAAUGUUGCUGCCACCCUCUUUGAGGGCACUGUGCCGCCCCCCAGCCUUCCUGAUAUGGAAGAUGCGGAUGAGCAAAACAACCAGGCAGUUGAGGCCCUCCCUCCCCAGCUUGCUGAGGCUACCCCAGGCACGUUGCCCCUGCCUACCCACCCUACCACCACUCAGCACCAGCCCCGACGUGCAACCCCUCCAGGCUCCGGGCACGUCUCCACGCCGACCCUUUACGAGGAUUCAGGCAGUGGCCAGGCCAGUGGAGACGACGAGGAGGGAAGUGCAGCGAUGGAGGCUAGCGGAGAAGUGCCAGCUGCAGAGUCCACAGCUGUCCCCACCCUGCUCCCAGCCGCAGAAGCCCACUCAUCUUGUGACAGUGCUCCUUUCGGCUGCUGCUCCGAUGGCCUCACUGCAGCCAGCAGCCCAGAAGGACCCAACUGUCCCCCCACAAUGAAGUUCAGCGCCUACAUUAACCUGGAGCAGGUAGAUGGCCAGGAGGUGUUCUUCACCCCAGAAAUGGAGGAUCCCAAAUCUGAAUUAUUUGGAGAAACUGCCAGGAGCAUUGAAAAUGCUCUGAAUGAAUUGUUUCACAAGUCAGAUGUCAAAACAGACUUUAAAAGUGUCCAGGUUCAAAAUAUAGCUCCCAGUGGCUCCAUCAUGGCUUUGGUGGAGGCUCAUUUUGACUCAGACACUAGUUACACUAUGACAGAUGUGGCAGAAGCCUUGGUUAAGCAAAUAAAGGCAUCCAAGGAGACAGGCAUUGUGGUGAAGAAGCCAGUGGAAUCCCACACCCGCUUCUACAGUCACGGACUCUCUACACUCACAGUAAUCACCACCACUGUGGCCACACCCAUAAUGAGUAUGGCUGCAGCCGCGGCCACUCACCACCCUGCCCUGACCAGCCGGGGCAUCACCACGGCAGCUCCAAUGACCACGGCUCCUUUCCCAACCUCUACUACCAUGACGCCAGCCUUCAGGCCCAAUCCAGCGAACCUAUCUGGGGAGCCCGUCAGGCCAUGUGAUCUGCACUCCUGCCUCUAUGGCGGGACCUGUGAGGACAACGGCAGUGACUUCAAAUGCAUCUGUCCAGCAGGGAGAGGAGGAAAAAUCUGUGAGAAAGCUAUCAAGUAUUUCAUCCCCAGCUUUGGAGGCAAGUCCUUCUUGGCCUUUCCCACGAUGAAGGCCUACCACACAGUCCGGAUCGCCAUGGAGUUCCGCGCUUCUGAGAUGACAGGCCUGCUGCUCUUUAAUGGCCAACGUGGCAAAAAAGACUUCCUGUCACUAGCACUGGUGUCCGGACGAGUGCAGCUCAGGUUUAACACCGGCUCGGGUACCGGCACCGUGCUCAGCCAAGUGCGCGUGACGCCGGGCCGCUGGCACCAGCUGGUGGUGAUACGCACUCGACGGCAAGCGGUACUGAGUGUGGACGGUGAGCAAAGCGUGGAGGGAAGCAGUCCGGCCGGCACCGAGGGCCUCAACCUGGACACAGACCUUUUCAUCGGGGGGGUUUCUGAGAAGCUGCUGCAGGAUGUGAAGGAGAAAACAUCUGUGUCCUCUGGUCUGGUGGGCUGCGUCCGCACACUCGACAUCAACAACAUGGUGUACGACCUGCAAGAUGAUGGCCAGCAGGUGCUUCACAGCUCUGCGGUGACCCAGUGCGGGGAGACCCCCUGCCUGCCCAACCCCUGCCGCAACAGCGCCACCUGCCAGGUCCGAGAGGCGGACACCUUCCAUUGCCGGUGCCCGGGCGGCUUCUCAGGUCCAACGUGUGCUGAGACCCUCAACCCGUGUGACCCAAACAAGUGUCACCCCUCCUCACAGUGCCAGGUGCUGCCUGAGGGCAAAUAUAAGUGUCAGUGUCCAGUGGGACGUGAGGGGACCCACUGUGAGAGAGAACUCAUCAGUAACAAGAGUGUUCACUACAUCCCCUUCUUCAGUGGAAACUCCUACUUGGAGCUGAAGGGCUUGCACACCUUUGGAAGUGACCUGCAGAACAAAGUCAGUAUGACAGUUGUUUUCCUGGCUAAUGACUCCAAUGGCAUGAUAUUCUACAAUGGACAGAAGACUGACGGCAAGGGAGACUUCAUCUCCCUUUCGCUCAAUGAUGGCACCCUGGAGUUUAGAUAUGACCUGGGCAAGGGUCCUGCUGUCAUCAGGAGCAAGAAUAAGGUCCAGAUGAAUGUUUGGAACACGGUAAACCUGGAACGUGCCAACCGCAAGGGUGAAAUCAGCAUCAACGGAAAAGACACAGUCAGGGGGGAGUCUCCGAAGUCACGUAAGGAUCAGCACACAAUUCUGAACCUAAAGGACUCACUGUUCGUGGGAGGAGCCCCAGAUUUCAGAAAGCUGGCGAGAGCAGCUGCUCUCAGAGACGGCUUUAACGGGGCCGUGCAGUCGAUCACACUGAUGGGCACCCCCAUCCUGACCCAAGCCAACAUUGUGCGUUCCAGAGAUAUCUCCGCCUACCCAUAUCACCCAUGCUCCAGGGGAAUUUGCCAGAAUGGUGGCCUUUGCCGUCCCCAAGGAGCUGGACAUGAAUGUGUGUGCCAGCAUGGCUUUAGUGGGGUGCAGUGUCAGAAUGCCAUUCACGAAAAAUCUGCUGGGGAGGCAGAAUCUAUUGCCUUUGACGGGAGGACAUACAUUGAAUACCACAAUGCAGUUACUAAGAGCCAGUUGACCAAUGAGAUCCCAGAUCCCAAGUCACUGGAGAGUCCGUCAGACCAGAGUGAGAAGGCCUUGCUGGUGAACAAGUUUGAGAUGAGUAUCAGGACAGAAGCCUCGCAUGGUCUGAUCCUCUGGAGCGGCAAAGGGGUGGAGCGUUCCGAUUACAUUGCUCUGGCCGUGGUGGAUGGGCGUGUGCAGAUGACCUAUGACCUGGGCUCUAAGCCCGUGGUGCUGCAGUCAUCGGUACGCGUAAACACCAAUCGCUGGGUCCGCAUCAAAGCCAGCAGAGCACUGAAGGACGGCUCCCUUCAGGUGGGUAAUGAGGCUCCUGUUACUGGGUCGUCCCCCUUGGGAGCCACACAGCUGGACACAGAUGGAGCGCUCUGGUUGGGUGGCUUGGAGGAGUUGCCCGUUGCACGCCGACUGCCCAAAGCCUACAGCACAGGGUUUGUAGGCUGCAUAAAGGAUGUGAGUGUGGAUGGAGUGGAGCUGCACCUAGUGGAGGAUGCCUUGAACAGUCCCAGAAUCCUACACUGCUCUGCCCAAUAGCCUCCUUCCAACUCAUCACUACCCUUCAUGCACACCAUGUCUACUGCUGUAAUUAUUUUAUAUUUUUAUAUGCUUUUCAUUACUUUUUAUAAUGGAAAACGCAAGGUUCUUAAUUUUGUUCUUUUUGUAUAUUUUUAUUAGUUUUUUUGUUCCUUCGUGUAUAACUGAUUUUCCAAAUACAGGUGCACAUUGUGUCAACAAACAUGUAAUUUAUUUUCCCAUUUAACAUUGGAACGCCACAUAGUGCACGUUACUUGAACAUUAGAAAAUGACAGGGUGCUGCUAUCAUCUCCACAGUCACCCACGGGCUCUCCUCUGCCUUUCUGCCUUUCCACUUAGAACAUGGACUGCAGCAGACAGAGGGGGGGAUCAGCCGCUCUGUCAGGUGCAUUGUGGGUUAGCAUGCUAUGUGUCCAGAAUAGAACACAAAAUAAGAACAUGUCAAACUUACCAAAAGAUACCACACCUGUUUAUUAUGAAAUCCAUAACACACGGCACACUUUUUAAAAAGGUUUUUCUGUUUUGUAUGUAAUUUUUGUUGAGCUCCUUUACCAUUUUAAAAUUUUAGACAUUCCUGAAGAAUCACACUAUUAAGUAAUUCAAAGCCUAACUGAAUUUUUACCAAGAUAAAGUAACACACAGAUGCAUAAAUACAUUAAACUGUGAAUUUGUCCGUUCGCUAUUGUUCUCUAGCUUCCUCUCGGCUGUUAAUCAAAUUUAAUGACAAACAAGAACUUUGCGUUUGGCAAAUCCCUGGUUUCAUUUUUAUUUCUCUCACUCCGAUCACUUUUGGCAACAUUCUUGAAAGAGGUAUGUCUGUUCUGAUGGACAUACUCUGGUUUGAAGUCUUCUUUUAAGGCUGUGAUAUUUUAAGUACUAUGUUGAUUUUGCAUAACAGAAGCUGCUACUGAAUGGAGGAACAAAUUUCAGUUUUUAUUAUCCAUUUCAUCUCGUUUUUCCACUUUUUUAAGUUCGACUUUGCCAUUAUAAAAACAGCUGUUACCGUGUUACCUGGAUGAACUGUCAUGCGGUUUCUGGAGAAGGGAGUCAUGAGGAUACAGACUUAUAGAAGCUCAGGGGAGACUGGCAGGGGGCAAAAUGGGAAAACACUGAAAGACUGAAGUUUCCAGGACUAUUUUCAUACUUAAAAAAGGAAUACUGUAUUCAAAUUUUGUCUGCUCUAGCUUUUAAUUUAAAAUGUGUUUGUGAUUUAAAUAAACCCUAGGCCUUUAAACAUCCCUGGUAUUCAAAAAACAAAGUAAAAUAAACUAAUCAGAAUAUCACAGAUGGACAAAUAAAUGCAUGGACUGGAGCUGCAGGGGUGAUUUUAUAGCCCAAACCUAGUGGGGUGUAAUUAUAUGCCUGCCUUGCUAUUCACAUGUGCUAUUUCGUUGAUUUUCACAAAAAUUAUCUAUAUACAUAUAUAUAUUCUAACAGUAAAAUAUAUAAAUGUUUGCUUAUGAAUUUGAGAAGGCCUUAAUGUUUUACCCGUUUUAUCACCAAAUAUAAUUUGCAUUUUAAUUUUCGUUUAAUGAAGAUGGAAGUGAUAUGUUACAGGCCUGAUUAGAAACUCGAACUGCAGGUAACUUAGUACCAUACACUGGAAUUUGAGCAGACUACACUGUUCUGUUUUUUUGUGCCAAGGGAGGGAUGCAGAUGGGGGGGGGGGGGGGGGGGGGGACAAAGAACAUAUUUAUAAAUUUAUAUUUUAAGUAUAAUAUCUAAUUUGCUAAUGAUAGCCAAGGAUAGCUUUGUGUCUCAGUUAUGUAAAUCAGACUAAUAGGACACAGCACUGCAAUGUACACAAGUGUCCCUAAAUAUGGAGACAAAUCGAUAAAAUUGUUACUUACACAUCAUUUAAAAAAUUGUCACUAUUGCCUGUGAAUACAGUAAGAGUUGCAAGUAGAGUGUUUGAAUGAAAGCAAUUCAGGAUUGCCUUAAAACUUAAAACCACUACACACAGGUACGCAACUGUAUCCAAAUUGUUCUGUGCUCUUACUUUAGCUAAUAUAAUGGGCUAUUUAAUGAUGCUAAUAAAUAUAUUGAUAAUAAAGUCCAUGGAGGUCUGUGUUCAUACACACAAAUUUGAGAACCACAGAAAUACAUAAUGUGUGUAAUGGACAUUCCGGCCUCGGAAAAAAAGGAUUUAUGUAUAUUCAAUGACGUAUUUAUGUGCAAAUGCAAAAUUUCAACGUUGCCCUUGUGAACUACUGUUUGAAUGAAAUACACCUGAAGGAUAGUGCACAGAACUUGUAUGGCAUGUUACCAUUACUAACUUUAUUACUUGCGUCUUGUGUUCCUACAACAACUAAAUAAAGUGCUUAAAACAUU